UUGAAGUUUAUUGCCUAACUGUGAACGAACCAAAAGCUAACUUCAGCUGGAUAAACGGAACGUAGCGUCUCGGUUAGCUUGCUUUUGCGUGCGACUUGCGGCAUUUUUACGGGUCAGGGCGGCUUUUUGUUGUAAAUCGUAUUUUAAACUAGUUUAUAUUGUCCUCUUACCGUGAUUGUGUACCAAUAAAACAUCUUAUAUGUUGCAACACAUUCAAGUAUGAGCACUAUGGAUAUAAACAAGGUGGAAUAUGAGGAUGAUAAUAAAACAUUAGACAAGAAGCAGAUUGAAGCGGAGGAGAAGGAAGUAAUGCUAAAAGCCGAGGACGAGAAUGGCGAUGCCACGGACCUAAAGGCAGAUGACGGGCCUGUGAAGGCGGCGCUCUCCGGGGACCUCACGGAGCACGGCCGUGAAGUUAAACCCAAGUUCAUACCCAUUGGGGCUAUUAAAAUGCCAGGAUUCUUUACCAAGAAUUCUGACAAAGAUAAAUCGAAGGAUGAAGAAGUGGCCAUAGAAAAAGAUACUGAAAACGAAAAGACAGAUGAAAGCCUAAAAGCGAAAGAGAACAAGUUCCAGUUCCUGCAGAAAUUCACAAAGUUUUUGCAACAUCCUGAUAAUGAAAAUGAAAAUAAAGAAGAACGCAAGAAAGGUUUAUUCAACAUAAGAUAUCCAAGGGUUUUCCAAAAAAGAGGCAGUGCACCUAACAAUGCUGAUGCUACUCUAGCCUCCAUGGAGACGUUGGAUGAUAAGCUGGACACCCCUAAUGAUGGCAUGGAGACAGUCAAACUUGAACCUGUUGAACUUGAAGAAGGAAAAGUGGCUACAAAGCUGCCAUUAAAGGAAAGGAUUCGACAAAAGAAAUUUAUUAUAGAUGAUAUUGUUGUUGCUGGGAUAGUGGUUCUGGUUCUUAUAGUAGUCAUCAUAGGCAUCAUAAUAGGAGCUCAUGCUGGCCCGCCUGUAGAGCGCCCUCUUCGUCUCGGCCGCUACAUCACCACCUUCUCUAGUUGUGGUCCUGUUGAAGGAAUUUUGGAUGAAGGAGUGUACAAGUUUUAUAGUAUUCCCUAUGCUGUACCACCAGUCGGCAACAAGAGAUUCACAUACGCUCAACCUUUAAACAAUCUUUCCUCUUGUUGGAAUGGCACCUUAGAUGCUCGGAACAGAGGGCCCUUAUGCUUGCAGUUCUUGGAAAAUGCUACGAUUACGGGUGAUGAAGACUGCUUGACCCUCGAUGUAGUCACUCCUCACGUAAGAUAUGAUUCGCCAUUACCUGUAGUUAUUUUGAUUGGAGCUAACUCUCUAGCAGGAGGAAUAAGCCCUGCUCAACCUUCUGCAUUAUAUGCUCGCACCAAAGAAGUAGUUUUCGUACGUCCUAAUUUUAGACUGGGUCCAUUUGGUUUCUUAGCACUUGACAUUUUAUCGAAAAGUAGGUACCCACCUACCUCAGGUAACUAUGGACUCAGUGAUUUAUUGAUGGCAUUGAAGUGGGUUCACUUGAAUAUUAAGCAUUUUGGAGGCGAUCCCCAGUCAGUCACUUUAUUAGGUCAUAGAGCUGGAGCCACCUUGACCGCUGCUUUGACUACUGUUAGCCAAGCUCAUAAACUAUAUUCUCGUGUGUGGCUCUCGUCUUCUUCCGUUAUAUUCCCAGGUGAACCCCUAGAACAAUCCCAAAAGUUAAACACAAGGUUCAAGGAAAUGACAAAAUGUAAUGAUGUUGAUUGUUUACGACAUAUCUCUGCAACAGAAAUUCUCACCCCCGAUAUCUGGUUGGAGAAUUACAUCGGCACCAUGCCCAUCAACACUGAGACCAAACAUUCCUUGUUGGUAUUAGAUGGAGAGUUACUAAGAGUUCAUGCUUACGAAAGUUGGGAUACCCAAAAAGAGGCUAAAAAGUCUGGUAAAGACAAAUUCAAACCAAUGGUAUUUGGUACUACUCAACAUUCUAGUCACUCAGAUCUCCUACGAAACAAGCAUUUAACUUGGACGGCUGAUAUAGUCGAGAAAAUGGUUAACGAUAGUGUGAUUGGCGAAAAGAAUUUGACGGCAGCCGUGUUUACCCACCUGAAUAAAACUUACGAGGGUUUGAUUGAACUCAUAUCAUCCAUUCGGACAUUGUGUCCAUUGGUUAGUCUCGCUAGCUUGCGCCUGGCUGUUCCUAUGUAUGUCGUGCAAGGGUCAGGUGCCGGCGGUGGAGCGGGUGGAUCGGGGAUAGCCGGCAUCAAUGCUGAUGUGGAGGCUAUUCUCGGAACGUUUGAUUCGGAAAUGCCAGAGCAGCGUCGAUACAUGGCAGCUAUGCAGCAGCUGUUCUACUAUUAUGUAUGGCAUGGCCAUCUACCCGGACCUGAAAGUGGUUUAAUUCAAGUGGGACAAGAUUUGCUCCCUCUUAGUGGCCUGCCUCUUUGUGACUUACUUAUCAGGGAAGAUAUAGUACCGAGAUAUGCACACAUUGACUAAUCUGUUUAGAGGAAGUUAUGACGCCUAAAAUGAACUUGCCACGGUUUUGUUAUCGAAUAAUAAUAUCUUGCCCCACUCUAUAUUUAGUAGUAUAUUUUAUAGUCUUGUCACUGUCUAUUGUCUUUGUUUUUUAUAUACCUAAUAUUUACAAAUUUAUUUGGUCUCAGAAUUAACUCGAGAAAAUUGAAAAAACCUGGACAAAAUACUCUUUGUAUGUUUAUGAUUAUUUAUAAUUAGUAUCGUAAAGUACAAAAUUUUACCAUUGACAUGAAUCUAUUUUCGUAGAUUAAGAAAUAAACCCGUGAAUGGUUACACCAUAUGAACAAUGAUAAUUUAAUGUUAGGUUUAAACAAGUGAGACUGAGAACAUUGCACUUUGAAACUAUUGAUCUCACAUGAUCAUGCGGUCUCUUUUUUUAUUUCGUAUGCAUUAUAAGGUACGUUGAUCUAAAUUGUUUUAGUUACCUUUAUUUUUAUAAAUAUUUUGCUUUUAUACGAACGUAUAUAUUAUGUAUUUAUAAUGUAUUUACAUGGUAAGGACAUUUUGAUCUUGAGAUAAAAGCUGGACACAACAAAAUCAAAACAUCGAAAAGAAAAAACGGAAGAGACUUAAUUCAUAAGACUGACGCAUUUUACUUUUAAAGUUAUACAUAUUGCUUUACAUGUUGCAUAUGACACUAAUUCUUCCCAGUACAAAGCACAUACAUUUAGAAAUGCCAAAAUAAUUCUUCCAUUAUCAAAUAUAAACCAUUUCAAGAUCAAUGUCCUGACUAACUAGGCUAAGGAUAAUCGCAUUAUUCAUCUGCAGUGAGAAUAGACGUAGUUUUUGUGUGUGAAAUAAAUUGAUAUGCUUUUAUAUACAAAAUACUCUUAGUACGUAUACAUCACAUUUUGUACCACCUUUUUAUACCAAAACUAUUUGAUUUAAUAUUGUAAGAGUCAGUAUACAUAUUAACUAUAUGUAAUGGAGUCAGCCCUCACCAUUAAGAGAUUUUCGAAUGUGCAUUUAGCAGCUAGAAUACAUUAUUUUUAAGUAUCCUUUUCUUAAAAUUAUGAACUUCACGGUAUUAACUUGGACUAGGUAUCUAUGAUCUCCUAUUAUUUUGCUUUAAAAAGCAAAUGCAUUUCUAUUUAAGCACUCUCUAAUAAUUAAGGUAACAAUGUCAUUACGAAUUAAACUACCUGAAUGCUACUCAUGUCAGUGUUUAAGCAUAGCGCAUUUUAUCAUAACAUUUUUUAUUUCAUAAGUUUGACAUGUCGUUGUUUCAAUAUUAUACUUGAGCUAUAGGUAAGGGCUGACUUGAUAGAUUAACUUUUGAUGUCCGUGUUUUGAUAGUACUUAUAUAAUUAAGUGACAGUCUCAAAGUAUGUAUUUGUGAUUUUACAAAGUCUGAUCAAUCCAAAGAAAUGUUAAACAAUGAGCAGCAUUAAAAUUGCUAUAUAAGUUAAGUUAUUUAUGUGUUAAUAUUGUAUUGUAGUACGCUGUACGCAGGGAAUCUCCAUAUCGAAAUACUCGUGUGUCGCCAAAACGCUUUAUGUGAUUAAGUUAUUACUGCACUAGCGCUAACUGUAGCAUAGAUACAAUUUUGUGUAAUUUUGUAAAUUGAUCAUAAUAAAUUGGUGUAAGACUGA